GAUACCAUGGGAAUACGAACAUUGACCAAAAGACCAUUGGAAGCUUUACCUUUACGCCCCAGUUUAUUUACCAGUUCACUUCCUGGAGAUGCUACCAACAGUACUUCACCACAAUUCACAAGAAUAUCUCGUCCGGUUAUGGCUCAUUAUGCUUUUGUUCACCCUGAACCUGCACCCGAUCCUGUCUUACUUUCAGCAUCUACUCAAGCUGCCACUACCAUUGAUCUUGAUCCUGCCUCCUUGACCACACCUUUAUCCUUGAAUAUAUUUUCCGGAGAAUCCAUUUUACCAGAUACUCAUCCUUGGGCUCUUAACUAUGCAGGUCAUCAAUUCUCUAUGUUUGCAGGUCAAUUAGGUGAUGGACGUGCUAUCUCGUUAUUUGAAACACAAACCAAACAAGGCGAACGAUGGGAAUUACAACUAAAAGGUGCCGGUCGAACUCCUUUCUCACGAUUUGGCGAUGGCUAUGCGGUCUUACGCUCCAGUAUUAGAGAAUAUCUAGCUUCUGAACAUUUGGCAGCAUUGGGAAUACCUACCACACGAGCAUUGGCUUUGAUUGGAUCUUCUCGUCAAGUUUAUCGAGAGGACUCUUCAGCAAAACAACCUGAACGUGGUGCUGUUUUAGUCCGUCUUGCUCCUUCUUGGAUUCGUUUUGGCAAUUUUGAACUGUUUUAUUCUCGUGACGAUAUGAAUGGUGUUCGUCAAUUGGCCGAUUAUUGUGUGGACAACGUAUUACCUUCUGAGUCAACAACACAUCCUGGUAAUAAAUAUGCUCAACUUUUCAUCAACAUUGCUAAACGAACUGCAACUAUGGUGGCUGGAUGGCAAGCAAAUGGUUUCAAUCAUGGGGUGAUGAAUACUGAUAAUAUGUCGAUUCUUGGUCUGUCAUUAGACUAUGGUCCUUUCCAAAUCCUUGAUUAUUAUGAUCCUUCCUAUAUUUGCAAUCAUUCAGAUGAACAAGGACAAUAUGCUUUUAAGCGACAACCCACUGUAUGUAUUUACAAUUUAUUCAAAUUAGGUGUACCAUUAUUUGAACUUAUAGGAGCUGGGGACAAGGUAGAUACAUUGGUGUAUGGUAAAAAAGAUAGCAAUGAAACAGUGACGGAUGCAGCGACACGACAAGCAUACCGAGAAGCCGGCAAAGAAUAUGUGACCAAAAUAGUAGGUGAAGAUUUUACAGACUGGUUUAUGGAAGCACUGGACGAUAAGAUGCGGGCGAAACUAGGAUUGACACGACGAGAGGAAGGGACAAUGAGCGAUGUGAUCAUUCCACUCUUGGACUGGGCGACGGAAUACGAGGUGGAUUAUCAUCGAUUCUUUCGAUCACUCAGCAAAUAUCAAAUGACGGCCGAGGGGGAGGACGUGGACAAUGAACGUGCUGCCAAACACGACCUGGAUGUGAAGACAAAGAAUCCUGAAAAACAAGAUGAUUGUCAACAAGCAUUGAUCCCUUGGUUAGCCAUCUAUCGCCAUCGCUUACAACAAGAAGACCAACAACAAGCAAAUCGCCAACUACGAAUGGAUGCCGUCAAUCCUCGAUUUGUCCUCCGGAAUUGGAUUGCUCAAGAAGUCAUUGAUGCUUUUGAUACCAUGGAAGAAACCGAUGCCAAAGCUGUCCUGGAUGCCUGUCUCUAUGCCUGCUCUCAUCCCUAUCAAGCCAAAUAUGAUCAAGAUAUCAUUGAACGUUGGAUUGAAACACCUGUGCCGACUUGGGGUCAAGAUUUGAAAUGUUCUUGUAGUUCAUGAUCAAUAGAUUUUUUUUAUAUUUUUUGAUUCAAUAAAAAAAAAAAAACAUGAUAUAUA